AAUCUUAAAACAGUCUGCUUCAUCUAAGCCCUCAUAUUAUAUUUAUGCAUUAAAAAAAUCUAACUUUACCAAUACAAUGUAUGCUUAUGUUCAUGUCUCAAUUAUGAUGAGGAAAGAAUCCCCUCAUGUCCUCUCUCAGCAGUUUGUCCAUUUAAACUCUUUCAUUGGAUCCUGCUCCACAUCUCCAUCCAGCACAUUUGAGUUCUGAGGCAGAGCUCCAGACACCAGAUGUCAUGACACUAUCAUCUCUGUAUGCUUCACGGGUCUCACUCCACCCACUUGGACCUCCAUGUUUUUUUUGUCCCAUCAGGCUAAUCUGAGAGAGUCCUGAGAAAGUCUGGCCUCCUCCCUUCUGUUCUAUAGAUGUGUCUGGAGUAAAGAGCAGAUCUGUUGGCUCAACAGCACCGUCAACAACACCUCAGCCCAAUGUCUGCCAAAGGAAUGAGGAACAGGGGUGGUAAAUGUCUGAAGGCGGUUCAUACAGUAACCGAGGCUUUGAAAAUCCUCUAUCGGCAAAAACUGCUCCCACUGGAGAAGUACUAUGGUUUCUCCGAUUUCCACUCAUCAAGCCUUGAAGAUGCAGACUUUGACAACAAACCCAUGAUACUGGUGUUGGGCCAGUGCUCUACAGGCAAGACCACUUUUAUCAGGUAUCUUCUUGAACAGGAGUAUCCUGGAAGCAGAGUUGGCCCAGAACCGACAACCGACAGUUUCACAGCAAUAAUGCAUGGAGAGAUGGAGGGAAUUAUUCAUGGCAAUGCUUUAACUGUUGAUCCCAAUAAGCCUUUCCGCAAACUCAGCCCAUUUGGAACAACUUUCCUAAAUCGAUUCCAGUGUGUACAUCUGCCCAAUCGGGUCCUAGAGAGCAUCAGCAUCAUCGACACACCAGGGAUCCUGUCUGUGGCCAAGCGCAAAAUGGACAGAGGUUAUGACUUUCCUUCAGUUAUCCGCUGGUUUGCGGAGCACGUAGACCGGAUCAUCCUCCUGUGUGAUGCACACAAGCUGGAGAUUUCUGAUGAGUUUUCCCGCACUAUACUGGCAUUACGAGGCAAUGAGGACAAGCUCCGAGUGGUGCUCAACAAGGCCGACAUGGUGGACUCGCAGGAGCUGAUGCGGGUCUACGGCGCCCUCAUGUGGUCUCUCGGGAAGGUCUUCUGCACCCCGGAGGUCCUGAGGGUCUACAUCGGCUCCUUCUGGACCGCUCCGAUGCGAAUCACAGACAACCGCAAACUGUUUGAGCGAGAGGAGGGAGAUCUUUUUGCAGACCUUCAGAACCUGCCAAGAAAUUCUGCCCUGAGAAAACUCAAUGAUCUGGUGAAACGAGCACGCCUUGUAAGGGCUCAUGCUUAUAUCAUCAGCUGUCUAAAAGACGAGAUGCCUGUUGUUUUCUGCAGAGGAAAGAAGCGGCGAGAUCUCAUCUAUGACCUUCCCACCAUCUAUUCCAGAAUCCAACAGCGCUAUCAGAUUUCACCAGGAGAUUUUCCAGACUGUGCCAAGAUGCAGGAGCGACUCAUGAGCCACGACUUCAAGUUUAAAGGCCUCAAGCCCAAGCUCUUAGCUGGGUUGGAUGAGCUCCUAAACACCGACAUUGCUAAGCUGAUGCCUCUUCUACGCCAAGAGGAAGAAGAAGCAGCUGAUCAACUUUUAAUACAAGGAGGACCUUUAGGGUCUCACAGGGGCCCGUUUAUUGUGGGGAACCCAUUUCAUCACUCUGGAUCCAAUGGAGAAAUCGAUCAGGCGUCAAAUGAUGAAUGGGUGGUGUCAAAAGAUAAAGCAAAGUACGACGAGAUCUUUUACAACCUCUCGCCUCAUGAGGGAAAGCUGACUGGGACUAAAGUGAAGGAGUGGAUGUUGCGCACUCAUCUGCCCAGCUCGGUCCUGGGACGAAUCUGGAAGCUGGCAGAUGUGGAUUGUGAUGGUAAGUUGGACGAUGAGGAGUUUGCUUUGGCCGGUCAUCUCAUUGAGGUAAAGUUGGAAGGUUUUGGGCUUCCUCAUGAGCUGCCCACACACCUGCUGCCACCGUCUAAAAGACACCGCAAGAACUCUGAGAUUACCGACGAUGAUUAGUCUGCAUGUCCUAAUGUUUAUGAGGACAGUGUUUAUUCAACAUGCUAGUCAUGAAUAAUGCUAAUCACUCCUAUUACACUUAACAUCGCCUAUAGCUUACAAUGGUUGGAUGAUUAAAUCCUCCGUAGACAGAAACGUCUCAAGAGCCAACUUGUUUUGAUAGUUGCCUCUGUUCCCUUGGGAAUAGCUUACCCAGUGCUUAAACAUGCUUGGUUGCUUGUAGAAAUGCCCUCAAGACUACAAAUGUCAAAACGUAAAGAGUUAGUUCACCCAAAAAUGAAAAUUCGGUCACACUUUGCAAUAAGGUUCAUUAGUUAAUGUUAAUUAAUGC